CUCAACCUGACCUGAUGGUGAAUCCAGCGAUGAUCACAGAGACAGACUCAGUCACACUGAAGUGUCAGACUCCAUCAUCUGUGCCUCAGUGUCAGUACUUCACUUUAAGUGGAGGAACUGUGAGGACAUUAUCCUGUCUGCAGACACUGACAGGAAGUGAGCUGCUGAAGAUGGAUCAUAAGAGUUCACCUGCUGAGGUCAAAGUGAAAUGUUUUUACACUGUUCAGAGUGGAGACAGAAAUGCUCGAUCUCCAGAAAGUGAAUAUUCCUCCGUCUCUGUUCAAAGUGAGACAAACUCAAACAAGGAGAGUCUCAGCACUUUGAAAACCUCAGUUUCUAUUGUAACUCCACCUGCUGAUCAAGGUUGGACUAUGGGCACAAGUAUAAAUGGUGGUUCCACUGUUACCUCCCAAACACCAGGGACACCAGAAUCAGAGAAGAUCAUGUGGGUGAUCGCAGCAGCUGUGACGGGGGGUGUCCUCCUGCUGGGAUUGGCCCUUCUCUUUGCUCAGAGCAGAAUUGAUAAAUGUGAUUCCAAAAGAACAAAAGCAAACAUUGCAGGUAAAUCCAAAGAUGAUCAGAAAUAUAUGGGUGGUUAUGAUGAAACGUACAGUAUCGUCUUCUAUGAAUGCAACAUUGAGUGAAAACUGCAGCACCUCAGAGAUGAAGGCUACAUCAGCUCAGAGAGAUACAGAGUGUUCAAAGCUCUCUGACAUUAGCUCAGAGGAAAAUGUUGUUUCCUGUAUCAUUAUCACAUUUAUUUCUCAUGUACAGCUUCAUUGCUUAAAUGAAUAACAUCUUUAUCAAAGUAGACAUUAGCACGGUGAACUGGUCUACUGCAUUGAUAGAAACAAAGAAAUCAAAAACUGAAUAAAGUUAGAAGAUAACAUCUCCUGUAUCACAAUGUUUGAAAU